AUGAAAAAAGGAGCUGAUUUCAGCGAUAGUGAUUUUGAUGCAGACGAGUUACUCGCUGAUCUCGGCCCUGUUGGAGCUGCUCUAAAGUCUACUGCAAAGAAAACAGAUAAUAAAGAAAAACCAAAGCCAAAACCAAAAAAAUCCGACUCAAAAAAUGAUGACAAACCAAAAAGACGACCAGUAACACGCAUGAAAAUGAACUUAGACGACUUAUUAGAUGGAAUUAGCCCCAAUGCGGCACCAAUUCCAACUGUUUCUUCAUUCACUCCAGUUGUUCAAAAUUCAGCAACUGUCGAACAAAUCGAAAGUAGGUUAAAUUCAUAUUUAGCAAUGCAACUAAGAACGCUAGUAAAUGAGUUUUCCGUUGAAGUAGGAAAAAUGUUUGAUGGAACAGAUGGAAUUGACGAGAUAAUACAGAAAUUUACCAACGAUAUACGAGCUUCUAUACGCGAUGCAUGCAAUUUUGACCUCAAAAACGAAAAUAAUUUACCAACUGCAUCUUCGUUAUUUGAUUUAUUUGGAAUUGGAUUUGCCGAAACAUUCAAAGAUGCAAAUUCGUUUAAAUCAUACCAACCUGCUGAAGAAAUCAAGCGAGUUAAAGCAAUUCGAGGAAAAAUUGUUCCUCUUCCUUCAAUGAUCAAAGCAACAUAUACAUCAUCACUUAACGAAAUGACUCAAGCAUUAACAGAUAGAGAGAUGUACCAAAGCCAAUUACCUGUAACAGAUAAAGAACUUUCUACAAGAUUAAAUAACCUUUCUUUAAAGAGGUAUGAGCUAGAAUGCAAAUCGGAAAUGCUUAAUUCUGAAGCAGAAAAGAUAGCUGAGCAGUUCAAAAAGCUUGACGAAACAAGAUCUCAGUUUUCUACGGUUAUUGAAGAAAAUUCAAUUAAAAUUGAGGAAGAUAUCAACUCAUUAUUACAUAGAAAAAUCUCUGGUAUUAAGUCUUUGCUUUCUAAAGCGAAAAAGACUCCAUCAACAGUUCAAUUAUAUAAAUCUUCGGAUUUUCAGUCAGUUACGGAAGAAAUGUCGACCAUGAUUGAUGCACAUGAAUAUAAUAUACAAAAUCUUAUUAUUGCUUGUGAAGGAAUGCGAAAUGCAGCAACAGUUGCUUCUUCAACGGAAGUUGCUCCUCCAGUUCAAUCAACAGCAGUCGCAAUUACACAUGAGAUACCUCAAGUCUCUACUUCUACGUCCACAAAUGAUUUACUUAAUCGUGUAAGAAAACAACUUUCCCAAGUGCAGAAAAUGAGAGAAACAGAGUUGCAGAAUGCAAACACAAUGUUAGCAACAUUGAAAAGACAGGAAAAGAGAAGACGGAGACAGCAACGUCAGCAAGAAAUAUUAUAUCAACCAGAUUCACCAUCUUUUGUAUGA